CUCCCUUGCAAGAAGAGAGAGUGAGCAGCUGUUCGAAGCGGAUCGCUCGUCUGAGGCUGUGUGUCUGUCUGUCUGUGAAAAAGUCUGUACCGAUCAACUUUACUUCUGCAGUUGGCCAGCCGAGAACGUGAGGUGUUCGCCGCUGGACACAGAGUGAGGGAGAGAGAGAGAGAGAGGAACAGGAGGUGGAGAGAGACACACACACAGUAACACACACACAGAGAGAAAAAAAAAUUAAAAGAAUCGAUGGUUUACUUUCCACACCGGAGGGAUGUUACACUGAGAAAAUUGGAUUGAACGCGGGAGACAGAACCGAGAGAGAGAGACGCUGUUCAAUAUUUCCUUUCAUUUUGUAGGCAACAAUUUCCAGAGUUUUUUUUCUUCUCGCCGUAUUUCUCGUGGGAUACAAUAUAUAACCCAGCAACCAUGAACUGGCUCCUAAGUUUAUUGAAUUGUUUCAUAGUCGCCUCGCUGUACUUUGACAGUGCCAAGACGGCGCACAUCCCCAACGAGAAACCUCGGAGGAACGAAGUCAUCAAGUUCAUGGAGGUGUGGAACAAGAGCUACUGUCGGCCAAUAGAAACACUAAUAGACAUCUUACAGGAACAUCCUAAUGAAGUGGAGUACAUCUUUAAGCCUUCUUGCGUACUUCUAAUGAGAUGUGGUGGAUGCUGCAACGAUGAAGGUUUAGAGUGCGUGCCCACGGAAGUGCAUGACGUGACGAUGGAGGUAAUGAAAAUCAAGCCCCACCAAGGGGACCAUAUAAGUCAGAUGAAUUUUGUACAGCACAGUAAAUGUAUCUGCAGACCAAAGAAGGAAAGAAGAGAGACAGAAAAAAGUCACUGUGAGCCUUGCUCAGAGAAGAGAAAGCACUUGUUUAUACAGGAUCCAGAGAGCUGUAAAUGUUCGUGUAAAUUCACACAUUUACGUUGCAAGUCAAAGAGGCUUGAGUUAAAUGAACACAGUUGCAGGUGUGAAAAGCCCAGGAGAAGACAUAGACAUGAAGGACAGAACGAGCACAGCACUUUGAAUUCAAUAAGAUUUCUGGAGGAAAACAAAAAACAUAAAGAGUCAUUCCUGGAAAGGAGGAAGAAGGCCGUCUGUGAUUUGUGCCGAUAUAUUAUUAAAAGGCCUAGUAUUAUUCAGAAUACAUGCUGCUAAACAAGGGUGAAAAAAAAAUACUUGGAAAACUGUUGGCAAAAUGAUGAAUCUGGAAUUCCUGGUUCUAUUCAUCGGGUCAUUUUUUUAAAAGACAUAUAUAUAUAAUAUAAAACUAUGUAUAUAGAAAAGAAACAAGCCUGGCGAAAGACAAGACUGAAAAGCAAAAUAUAUAUUAUAUCUUCACAUAUGGACUCAUUGAAGCUUCAUGUCGAAGACCCAAGAUUUUCCCGGGAAUGAUAAACAAAGACAAAGAUGUUUGAAUUGGAAAGGUUGGGCUUCAGGGAGGCGUGAGAAUGAAAUAUUAGCACAUGCCUCAGGACUCUGUUUUCCAAAAGAGAAUACCAUUUGGUGUGCCGUCGACCUCUUGGUCCAUGGGCGGCUGUUUGCUCUGACGCCAGCAAAUCGGAAGGGACUGGAUUCCGAACCCGUGAGGAGAACCUGGCUGGGAGCCCGUACGCGACCCACUUGUCAAGAAGGCUCCUCCACCUGAGCGCUGCCAGAUCUCAGUCGCGGGACGGCCGAGGAGCUGUCAUUUCAUGGGUCAUUAGCACUGAAACGUCGAAAAGAGGGAUAUCCUUUGAAGGAGAGCUGGGAUAUGACCAGGCAACAGAUGCAAAACAAGCCUGUGGAGGUAUAUGAUCCAUCAACAACAAAAAAAAAGAACCACAGGGCUGGGAGACUCUGUGGGGCAGACAAGAGGAGAGACUGUACACUUCGCUGCUGAUCAGGACAGAUCAAGGCCGGAUCCUGUCUGUGUGGGGAGCCAGUCCGAAUAGGUUCCCCCUGGUUCACUUCCAGCCUAGUGGUUGUUUUUGGAAGUUUAUUCGCAAUUAUAAACUCCCUUCACCAUCCCACCCCGGUCUCCAAAAAAAAAACUGCAGCAAAUAGUUACGUUUUGUCUAGUUGCGGCCUAUUGGUGUUUUAUACAAAGUGUGAUCUUCAGCUGUGACGCUUGCUCUUAAAAUAUUGAUAUUAAUUGACGUUGAUGGUUUGCUCCAUUGAAAGAUGACGGAUGUAAA